UGAUGAGAGUGCGCGCUGCCUGUCGACAAAAGAGGGGAAGCAGACGACUCAUGGGCUCUGUGCGUCAAGACGCACAAAGCAACCACACAUGGCCUCUGAACUACCCCCGACUUAAACGGGAGAUCUCAAACGGGCGGCCUGCAAGAAGGUGAAGAGUGGACAGUUUGGGGAAGAGCGAGGAGAGGGGCGCAUCAGACAUUCAAGAGUCUGAUCUGCGCUCGCAUGCAGACGAUUUUGCGAGGGUGGCACAACUGCUCACACCCACACCUUGUAACCAGUGGCGGACACUGAACGACACUUCUGUUCAUUUCCCCCCCAUUAGUUUAACAUUUCGGGCAUCGCCGGUGUCGUAAUCACCUGCAGGUCGUCAUCGCUUCUAUCCGGGACGAUGGUGUCGUCGUUAUUUAUCUUGAUGCCCAGACGGGCGAAUUUUCAUUGCAGUUGCUUCUGUCCUUAAGGAUUUUCCUCCACCGUUCUCCUAUUUUUAGUCGGCUGAUCUUUUUUUUUCCCAAUUUGUUUUUAUUCCCCGGUUUGUCUUUAAGAUAGCAGCCUAUUAAUAUUUAAUUCUUAUGCAUCCGCAUGAAGACGGCACCAGAAAGGAGAAAACGAGCGAUAACCGAGGGGGGGAAAGGGAGAAGGAGGCAGCCGAGGAGACAAACCAGAAUGAAUGAGACACUCUGAGCAGCCAAGGAGAAGGAGAUUGGAGAAAUCGAGGGUCACCCUCAGGGAGGGCGUGAGCUGAGGAAAGUGCCAUCCUUCUCACCCGUGCCUGCUGACCACCUUUAAGCUUUUGCACCAUCCCUUUGCUCGGCUCCCUGCUAAGCUUGAAACAUGGGUGUUGCGAUCUGGAUCAUCUUCAGCUGUUCUGUGGCUUUUAGCAACAUUGCUCCAUCCUCUCAGGCUCUAAGCCGGUCAAUGAUGCCAUUCGGCCUGAUGCGCCGGGAGCUAGCAUGUGAAGGCUACCCAAUCGAGUUGCGUUGUCCAGGAAGCGAUGUCAUCAUGAUUGAGACGGCCAACUACGGCCGAACCGAUGACAAGAUCUGUGAUGCGGAUCCUUUUCAGAUGGAGAAUGUGCAGUGUUACCUGCCCGACGCCUUCAAGAUAAUGUCACAGAGGUGUAAUAAUCGCACUCAGUGUGUAGUGGUCGCAGGGUCAGACGUGUUCCCAGACCCCUGCCCAGGGACCUACAAGUAUUUGGAGAUCCAGUAUGAGUGUGUCCCCUACAAAGUGGAUCAAAAAGUUUUUGUGUGCCCCGGGACGUUGCUGCGGGUGCAGGUGCCCAGCUCUCAGCAGGAGGCAGAGCACCAGGCGGGGGCAUGGUGUAAGGACCCUCUGCAGUCUGGGGACCGUCUGUAUGUCAUGCCCUGGACCCCCUAUCGCACCGACAUGCUGUAUGAGUACGCCUCCUGGGAAGACUUUAAACAGAACCGAGCCACGACCACCUACAAGUUACCAAACAGAGUGGAUGGCACAGGCUUUGUCGUAUACGACGGGGCAGUGUUUUACAACAAAGAACGCACACGGAACAUUGUCAAGUAUGACCUACGUACGCGCAUCAAAAGCGGCGAAGCCAUUGUCACAAAUGCCAACUAUCACGACACCUCACCGUACCGCUGGGGAGGGAAGUCAGACAUUGACCUCGCCGUGGAUGAGAAUGGCCUCUGGGUGAUAUACGCCACCGAAUCCAACAACGGACAACUGGUGGUCAGCCAGGUUAACCCUUACACGCUGCGCUUUGAAGGCACCUGGCAGACGAGCUUCGACAAGAGGAUGGCGUCCAAUGCCUUCAUGGCCUGUGGCGUUCUCUACGCAGUGCGCUCAGUCUACCAGGACGAUGACAGCGAAGCCGGCGGUGACCUGGUGAUGUACGCCUACAACACCAACCGCGCGCAGGAGGAGCCCGUCAACAUUGCUUUCCCGAACCCCUACCAGUACAUAUCCUCUGUGGACUACAACCCUCGAGACAACCAGCUUUACGUCUGGAACAACUACAACGUGCUGCGCUACCCGCUCGAAUUCGGACCCCCGGACCCCACCACCGGCCCGCUGACCACCACACAAGUGACGCCUACUCCACCAGCAAGGCCAUUCACCUCCAGUGCAAGUCCCUCUACCGUACGUCCUCUGGCCCCCACCUCACGCCCGAAUGGCUCCUCCAACAAGCAUCCUGAUCUGCGUCCAAUCACAGCCACAGUGCCUGUCACUCGCCGGCCGCCUCCCCCUCCUCUAGGUCCAGAACGGCAUUUUUGUGAAACUAAGCUCAUCAGGGGCAUCCAGUGGCCGACCACUCAGCGAGGGGAAACCGUAGAUCGUCCAUGUCCUAAAGGAUCCCUGGGCAUUGCUUCAUUCCAGUGCUUGGCGGAUCAGGUCAUUUGGAACCCACGGGGUCCUGACCUGAGUAACUGCACCUCCCCAUGGGUCAACCAGGUGGCACAGAAGAUAAAGAGUGGGGAGAACGCUCCCAACAUAGCCAGUGAGCUGGUGAACCACACAAGAGGCCGGAUCCAAGCUGGUGAUAUUAGUUCGACUGUCCGACUGAUUGAGCAGCUGCUGGAUAUACUGGAUGCCCAGCUUCAAGCCCUGAAGCCCAGAAAUAAAGAGUCUGCUGGGCGAAACUACAAUAAGUUCCAGAAGCGAGAGCAGAAUUGCCGGGCAUAUAUCCAGGCGGUUGUUCAGACAGUGGACAACCUGCUCCGUCCCGAGGCUCUGGACUCUUGGCAGGACAUGAACAGCACAGAGCAGGCGCACACGGCCACCAUGCUCCUGGACGUCCUGGAAAAAGGAGCUUUCCUCCUGGCCAACAACAUGUACGGGAAUCGCUUCUCUGACCGAGCCCCCAGCGUUGAUCUGGAGGUGCACGUUGUCAACACCGAGAUGGACCUGCAGGAUUUGUCAUUCCCACAGAAUUACGCCAGCGACAGCACCAUCCAGCUCUCAGCCUCCACCAUCAAGCAGUACAGUCGCAACGGACAAGUAAAAGUGGUUUUCAUUCUGUACAAAAACUUGGGCUCUUUCCUGUCCACUGAGAACGCUACGGUGAAGAUAGAAAUGGAGGGACCAAGCUAUGAGAGGAAGCGCUUGGCGGUCAACUCCCAUGUAAUCGCUGCCUCCAUCAACAAAGAGUCCAGCAGAGUGUUUCUCACUCAGCCGGUGGUCUUCACUCUCAAACAUCUUCAGAACAAGAAUUAUUACACCCCCAAUUGCUCGUUCUGGAACUACUCUGAGCGCUCCAUGACGGGCCAGUGGUCGUCGCAGGGCUGCAGGCUGCUGGACACCAACGCCACGCACACCACGUGCUCCUGCAGCCACCUCACCAACUUCGCCGUGCUCAUGGCUCACCACGAGGCGGAUGGCCGGAUGCACGAGCUGAUCCUGUUUGUGAUCACCUGGGUGGGCAUCGUCAUCUCCCUAGUGUGUCUGGCCAUCUGCAUCUCCACUUUCUGCUUCCUGCGGGGUCUGCAGACUGACCGCAACACAAUCCACAAGAACCUCUGCAUCAACCUCUUUAUCGCUGAGCUGCUCUUCCUCAUCGGUAUUGACAAAACGGAAUAUCAUAUCGUCUGUCCCAUCUUUGCCGGCCUUCUCCAUUUUUUCUUCUUGGCUGCCUUCUCCUGGAUGUGUCUGGAGGGGGUGCAACUCUAUCUCAUGCUCGUGGAGGUCUUUGAGAGCGAGUACUCGCGCAAAAAGUACUACUAUCUGUGCGGCUACUGCUUCCCCGCGCUGGUGGUGGGCAUCUCGGCAGCCAUAGACUACAGGAGCUAUGGGACCAAGAAAGCAUGCUGGCUUCGAGUGGAUAACUACUUCAUCUGGAGCUUCAUUGGACCUGUGUCAUUUGUUAUUAUGCUCAACCUCAUUUUCCUCAUGAUCACUCUCCAUAAGAUGAUUCGUAAUUCUUCAGCACUCAAGCCAGAUUCAAGCCGCCUCGAUAACAUAAAGUCGUGGGCUCUCGGGGCCAUUGCGCUGCUGUUCUUGCUUGGGCUGACAUGGGCUUUUGGUCUCCUCUUUAUUAAUGAGAACACAGUGAUCAUGGCCUACCUGUUCACCACCUUCAAUGCCUUCCAGGGCAUGUUCAUCUUCAUCUUCCACUGCGCACUGCAGAAGAAGGUCCAUAAGGAGUACAGUAAAUGUCUGCGUCACUCCUACUGCUGCAGCCGUUCUUCUACCAGCAGCUCCCACGGUUCUCUGAAGAACUCAGGCCUGCGUGCCAACAACCGCUACUAUAGCGGCAGCCAAGCUCGCCAUGCAGCUGCCCACAGACAGAGUCGGAUCCGUAGGAUGUGGAACGACACAGUCCGGAAGCAGACAGAAUCUUCAUUCAUGGCAGGAGACAUAAACAGCACCCCGACGCUCAACCGUGCGACCAUGGGCAACCACCUUCUGACAAACCCAGUGUUACAGACCCGCUCCGGUACCUCUCCCUACAACACUCUGCUGGCUGAAAGCUUCACACCGCCCUCACCUGGAGUCUUCAACUCAACAGGAACCUUCCGUGACCCAAAGAGUACACUUUCUAAGCCCCGGGACCCGUGUGGAAUGGAGACGCUUCCCCUAAACGGCAACUUCAACAACAGCUACUCUAUGCGAAGUGGUCCGUCAGGCGGAGGCGGCGGCAGCUGUGACUUUCUUAGUGGAGGAGGGGGAGAGACCCCCCCGCCCAUCUUCAAUCCCCGUAGUUCAGAAACCCUGGGAGGUGGAGGCGCCCGGCGAAACCUCACUGAUGCGGCGGCCUUUGAGAAAAUGAUCAUCUCCGAGCUUGUCCAUAACAACCUGAGAGGCGGUGUGGUUGGAGGACCUGCGGGAGGUGGAACUGAUGUAGGGGACAGAACGUACGCCAGUCUGGUCAGGGGCCAUCCUCACUGCGGCGUGGGUCGGGGAACAACCGCAGGUGGGCCAGAGCCAUCGAUCAGCAUGGAUGAGGACGAUGACUUUCUGACCGAUGGACGGCAAAGAACGCCUCAGGAUGUAGAGCUGCUUUACAAAGCUCUGGAGGAGCCCCUGCUGUUGCAGCGUGCCCAGUCGGUCCUCUACCAGAGUGAUCCGGAGGAGUCGGAGAGCUACACAGCCGACCUUACAGAGAGCCUUGGCAACAGCGGUCAGAGUGGUGGUGGGCAGGGAGACAACAGAGCGCCAGACUCGCCUGCCCAUGACUCUCUGUACACCAGCAUUACCAACCUGCGAGACUCUCCCUAUCCCGACAGCAGUCCUGAGCCGCUGGAGGUUGUGCCCCGUUCAGCUCAGCCCCCUGAGGAGCUGUACUACAGCUCCGGGAGGCCCGCCCUUGGUUCUCGUGGGGCCCCCAUGCAGACCUUCUACCAGGCCCCAUCUCAAAGACCCAGUGGGGAGGGACACCAGGCGCAGGAGCCUGGCCACACUGAGGGAGACGGACAGAUGCAACUGGUCACCAGCCUGUGACUGGAGCCUGAAGGAGGAAGCUGGAAACUGUUGUGAUAGCCAGAGCCUCCUUUUAGCGGUCUCUUUCUCAUGCGUCUCCACUCUCUGCUUAUUUGGUUGCCUUUAUUUCUCUUGACUUUUAUUUAACUUACAAGUUAGAAAACUGACUGACCUUCUGGGGGAGUCACAGCUAACUCUGCUCGUGCAGCCUUUAUCAUCAACUCUCCCCCAUCGUCUGGAUAUGAGUGAUGGGUGUUUUUCAUCAGAGCGUUUGAUACCUCUGUGGCCAAGUCCAGCACUCUGAAUGUACCGAUCCACCCCCCCCCCCCCCCCCCUUUACCUUCGGCUAUUUCAAAAACUUUCAAACUUUGUUAAUUUUUUAUUUUUUUUGAUGUGCUCAGACCUGCCUCAGGAGAAGAGGAUGUUGUUUUAUAUUUUGUCUUUAUUUCAUUUUCUUACCAUCUUUUAUUUUCCAAGUCAUCAUUUGAUAGGGGUAGUUAGCUGUGCAGACAGGGAAUAUUGUACGCUAUUAUUACCUAAAAUGUCUCACAGAAAGCUCUUCAUCGUUGCCAAAAAUAUCUUUUAUUGAGCCAGAACAGAAACUAGAACAUUCACAAGGCAAACACACACACACACACACACACACACACACAAAACACACACACACUCACACACGUACAAUCAUCCUGAAGUGCUUGCUACUGAACAUCAAAAAGCAAAGACAGUCCUCCAUUUUAGUAAACGGGAGCAAAGGGUUUUGUUCCGAGCAGGCAGAGGGAGCUGAUUCAGUGUAGUUGCCUUCAUUUAGCCUCGCUGUGAAUCAUAAGUGUACAGAAGUGGAGUACAGGUGGAGACAGAGACUGAGGAGGUGCUGCAUCAUCCAUCCAGAGCUGGAGAGCCUGCACCCAUAAGACUGGGCGAUGCUCUCUGCUGUUCUCUGUGUUUGUUUCCUUUAGGCCUUCGAAACGUUAAAUGACUGCCUUGCUGUUGUUUAAGGAGAGUAUUCAGUUUCGGUAAAUCCCGGGGCGGUAAGUGCACAUUGCUGCCCCAUUCUCCCCCCCCUUGUGCGUUGCUGUUAGAGCCUAGAGUGAAACGGACUUCCUGUGUGUGUUUUUUUUGUGGCAAACAGGACUGCAGACGUCACAGACACACUGACCAACAGUUGGUAUAACCAUGUACAUAGAAAGCCACACAUGGAUCUACUUUAUUCCUAUUAUGUAAAUACAGACACCAGAUGAUCAAAAGCAACAAAAAGUAAUAAAUGCGAUGAAAAUGACUUCUUGUACUACAACAAAUUGUUGAAGGAAAAGAAUAAAAACGCUUUGUGACCUGGAUGAAACACUCUAUCUCUCUCCCCCAGACCGUAAUCUCUCUCCCUCUUUUUUUUAUUCCCUGUUUUUCUUUUUCUUUUUUUUGGGCCAUGAAAUUCCUUAUCGAUCCACAGGAGGGAGAAAAUCAGACAAAGAAAAAAAGGUCAAGAGUGAUUAAGAUGUGAAGAAGAUUUUGUGAUUUUAUUUCUAAAAGGUGGGGGAACUGAACAAAAAAAAAAAAAAAGUACCGGCACCAUUUUGUUAUGUGAUAAAAUCCGUCAUGUAGGUUUUAACCUUUGACAUGCCGCGGGUUGAAUUUCCAAAACCAGUGGGGAGAUGGUGCUGCGGGGCAAGCGAGAUAGAUGUUGUCAAAUGUCAUUCUGUGCCUCGCGAGCACGUUGAAGCAUUGUGGGGCGACCAGCGGCGCCCAUGAAGGGAUGGGGUUUUGCUCUUGUAUUAUUUGGAAGAUUUACUCAAACAAAAUAUCUUUAACAUGGGUUUUAGCAUGUAAAAUAAUGACAUUUGUUUUGCUGUCAGAGAAUAUUGCAUUUUGCUGUUUCUUAAAGAUAGUUUCGGCAUUACUCCAGAGCCUUUUGUGACAACUCAUUAUUUUCCUGCGUGCAUGUGACCGUGUGCAUGUAAGUGUGAGUGUAACCUUGUUGUUUUUUUGGGGGGAGAUGGUUUUGUUUUGUUUUUAAAGUGUGAGACUUUAUUGUGCACACGACAUCCACAGGCUUUUUUUUUCAUGACAUGAAUUGAAUGCAAACGACACAAAGCGAGAUACUCUUCUCUGAACGUCGUCAUCAGUUCGCCGCCUUUAGUCCUUACAGUGGUGGUCAUGAGUAAGAAGGACAGGAAGAAUCACAGUGCCUAGAGAGACGAGAGGUAACGCUAGAAGAUGAACAUGACGAGCCGGGAGGAAUGUGUUUCCAGUAUGCCACCCAGUGCGAAGCAAAAUUAGCCAAAAAAAAUGCUCCAAGGGGUUCUUGCCAAUGGUUAAAAUCCAAUUAACGUUUUAUUUUAUUUUUUCCAGAGGUGUAUGUUAUGUUUUUGAAUUUUCUGUUUCUUCUGAUUUAGUCACUAUGUAUCUUUUUUCACUAUAUCCCUCCAAACCAGCAGCAAGUAAACAAGCAUGUGAUGUGCUGACACAAUGUGAACAGAAGACAGAUGCAUCCACCAGAGUGUGACAUUUGGCUGGGGCCCUGGUGUCCCACAUCUAAGGGGAACCCAAAGGACGACUUUUAGCCGUAGCUCCUGGGGCUGAAAGGGAGAGACAGUUAAAGACAGAUAAUGGCAGGGGAUUACAAGGAUUUGCUACUAUUUCUCCAGGUUAUUCUAAUUACGCACCUAAAUACUAUUGUAUUGGCUGUGGAGGAGAAUGAGGGUUAAAAGACAAGGCGCUGGUACCAUCUCUUGAGCUGUUGGGGGAAUAUGUGCAAAGCUCUCUUGAUUAAACUUGACCUGGAUUUGCAACUGAACUUGUGAACGCUCAGUGAUUACAGGUAUGAAAAAAAAAAAAA